AUGCCCCGGCGCCGCCGCCGCCGCACGGCCCAGCCCCGACUGCGGGGCGCGCAGAAGCGGCGGCCGCUCGCUCGCCGGCCCUCGGCCCGGCCCGUUCGCCGCCGGCCGCGCAGGGCCCGUCUCAGCAGCCGGGAGGCAGCCACCAUCGCCGCGAGGGCGGGGCCCGGCGAGGGCGGUGAGGCUCGAGGGGAGGUGCUGGCCCGGGGGCGGGGCCCGGAGUAUGAGACCCCGCCCCUCACCCCCGGCCCCGCCCCUAGGCCCAUCCCAAGAUGGCGGAGAUGCCCUUGUACUUCGUGGGCUUGCAGGAUGACAGACGAUUAUGGAUUUGAAGACUACGGUCCAGAUUGCAGUGGCAUGAGGGUAUCGACCUUCUUGGGCAUUCCAGGCCAGGAAAACCUGCCUCCACUCACUCCCUGGAAAAGUAUGCCUUCAUCGGUAACAUCUUCAAUCGCUCAAGUUCAGGUGUUACCAGCUGCACUGAGAGCUGCCCAGCUGGGCUCUGUUUGCGGGCCAGAGCCCAAGUUCGCAGCCGGUCUGCGGGCAGCAGCCCCUCCAGAGGCCGGCCACGCCGCUGGCAGUCAGACGGCUCUGCGGCUUCAUCGUUGGGGACCGAGCUCUCCGUGGCCAGGAUAUUACUGCACAGAUGUAAUACCCCAGCCCCUGCUGGAUCAGUAUGUGUCCGUGACCCACCCGGCUUGAGCCCAGACUGUUGAUACUGACGUAGCCAAACACCGUGCCUUCACUGGGGUGGCGCUCACCUGGGCAGGCAGAAUUGGCACUGCCUGAAAGACACGUGUGAAAUGCUGGCUUCCGGCGUGCAGGUAAAAGCAUAGGGUGGGUCGUCUAAUUCGGAAGACGAGGGAAAGAAGCUGCCACCAGGCUCGCUGACUUGCAUUUUAUGUGGCUGUGCUAGCUUGUUCACUGCUCUCUGGCGAAAUCAAGCUUUCAGUGGCCAACACCUGGCAGUCUCAGUUGUGCUCCAGAAAUGCCACCUGUGCCCUUGGUGACAUUGGGUCAUGCUUGCUUUUUGGGAUUUGUUUGUGCUGUGCACCACCAGUGGAAGGUACGGUGGACCCUAGCCCCCUCCAUUCACAAGCUGGUGGUGAUUCUUGGGGACCAGUUAUCGGCAGCUGACCUGGUGCCCAUCUCCAAUGGAUUCUUAAAGGACCUGAAUCAAGUACGAAUAGGAGUUCUUAAACACUGUAUGAUUUUCUAAAGGUAGGAAGAAGGAUUAAAAACAAAAAACAAAUCUCCCUCUUCAAAAUGAGAUUUUUAAACCCUGGCUGUGUCAAGUGUCAGUGAAAAAAAAUUAAACUGCCUAGAGUUCUUCAGUUGAAACAUACCAUCCAAAACCUAAAAGUGGGUAAGUAUUUCUAUGUUGUUCCUCCUAAUCUCCCUGCCCCUUGGAGUCCUAAUUCUGUGGAGGGUGGCAAACAUGGAGCCUGGUACCCUCUGUGAGACAGCAGGAACCGAGGCCUCCGGAUGGCAUGUAGUCUGCCUAGGUCUGCCCUGGGGAAGAGCCUGGCUGACAUCCAGUCUCAGUUCUGCAUGAAGGGCUUUUCCUGCAAGAUGUUGCUGCUUGCCUUUUUUAAUUUCCAAAAGGAAUGAUGAGUUCAAAAAUGACCAAGGGAAACUAAUUACUCGCAUCCGCACGUCCAGGAGCUGCCCUUGAUGGACGCUCGCACGUGCUGCACCAGUUUACAUUUUCCUCUUGUGGUGCAGGAGUGCGUGAGCAUGCGGCUCCCUGGGAAGCAGCAGUGGUAUUUAUCUUCUGAACACACACAGCUAGAUUUUUUAGGCAGGAAGUUUUGAAGGAAGGAAGAGCUACGGGGUCUUUAGAGAUACAUAAGCACAUAUAUGACCAGGAGGACAAGUUGGAUGCCUUCAGGGGUAGGUUUGAAGUCUGUUAACAGUAACAUUAGUUCACAGCCACCCUGGGUAAUGGGAUGUGAGGACUUAGAGAAACGCACAGUUCUCGCCACUGACAAAUGUAUAAGCUGAAAUACAAUAAAACAGUAUGUUUGGAAUUGUUUUGUAUUUUUAUUUAUGUAUACAUUAAAAAAAUAGUUGCUCCAUGAAGACAAGAGGAGGGAGUAUAUCAGCUUCAAGAAUUUGUAGUGACGGAUAACAACAGGAAUUGGAGGUUUCGGUAUGAACUAGCAGAGUAAGUAAAACCCGAUUGGGGGUGUGAGAAGGCAAAUUAGAUGGAAUAAUUCUCAAUUUCCCCACCUUAUAAUUGAUUCUAAACUAGCAGUAAUAGUGUUCUCUUGGAUAAGGAGAUUAUGUUUUUAUUAAGGGGAUAAACUGAAUUCCAAAGCUCUAAGCUACAAAUACCAGCCUCUGGGGACACAUUCAUUUUCAGAUGAAGACAGAGUGAGAGUCACUUUGGAAUUACAGUGUUCUGCUGUUCUAUAAGGCAAUUUAUUCGAACCAAAUAAAAGAUGAAUCACCCACUCUUCAAUAUUUUCCUAUUUAUUGGAGCAGUUUUUGCCAAAGCUUUCUCGAACAUUCUGAGUGUGGCCCUCUCUGUAGGGCACAGCAUGGUUCGUGUACUUCAUCUUCUGAAGAAGACUGUGCCAAAGCCGAGACACAAAAGGGUCCAGCCCAGAUGAACUGCUGAUUAAACAGAAACGCCCCCUCCUCUCAAGGUGGCGUGUGUGUACGUCAUUUUGCGUGUGUGGGGAGUUAAUUCCAUCUUGUGCAGCAAAAGGAAUGUGAAAGGCUUUAGUGAUUUGCGUCACUUUACAUAAUUGUCCCUCCCGAGGCGGGUACUGUGCUUGCUGCGGCAUGGCGUGGAUUUGUUGUUGGUCGUGGUUUGGGUUUUAGUUUUCACCUUGCCGGGAUUUAUUUUGGUAUCUUUACUUUUCAUUUUUCUAGUCCCCAACUAGAAAUCUCUCAAAUAAUGGUCUGCCCUGUAGAAAUCCAUCAAGCUUUUGCAGCUAUUCAGGAUAUGAUUUGGCCGAUGCCAGGGGCAAACUAAAAGAUUUUCUCUUUGCUGUGAUCUUUAAUCAUUAUGCUUAAUUUGAGAGAUGGAGAUUUUAGUCAUUAUGGCAUGUUCCCAGCCUGUAUUCUGAGAACCCAGAAAAACAGGUCCACGUUUUCCAUGAAAGCAUCUCGCCCUCUAGCGGCCUGUGGGGGAACUCGGCGAGGUCUGUCUCGGGCCGGGCGGACCGCUUCCCUGGCUGGAGCCGGGGAUGGGCACC